UGGAUGAGCCUUACGAGAUCUGCCCCUAUGCCACCUUCAGCUUCCCACCCGAUAGUGGUAUCGGCGGCGUGCUCGACUACACUCUACAGUUUCAGACGUUUGGCCACCAAGACUGUUACGAAGGCCAGUCACAACCACCAUGGUCUUCCUCCUUCAUGGGUGGGAAAAGGCGUGAGGGUGGUGGUGGUGGUAGUGGUGGUGGUGGUGCUGGUGGUGGGGUGGUAGGCGCUGGACCCACUGCCGAGAUCGCAUGUAUCUCGAGCCAACAAACUCUUCCAAUCUCUUCGGUGGGUCUCCGUGGACGGACGUGUAAGCGAGGAAAAGCUGGCGAGGAAGGGCAGGGUUCAGACAGCGAGCAGGACAACAGCGGCAGCCCUGGCCACACCCCGGGCCCACGGCCUCCCGACACCUAA